GCAGAAAAGUUCAUCGAGCACGCCUGUGAUUGCCAAGGGGGCAGUUGCAGUUGCACUGAUGCAUCUUGCGGCUGUCCUGUGUAUGUCGGAUUCCACUUCUAUGCCUACGACUGCCAGCCGGAGUCCUCCGGUGGCUACGAGACGCUGCAGUCACACCUGAAAGCAGUGGCCGGCAUCAUGGAGAAGUAUCCCUUCGUCAAGGGGGCGAUUAUCAACGAAGUGGGCAUGCUGAACUGUGCGCCAGAGAGCAAGGACCCCAUUUGC